AUGAAGUUCUCACUCCUCACUCUUGCGGCCGCUGUUCCCGCUCUUGCUGCAACCGUUCCUGCUUCUGUCGAUGCUGCUGAAGUUGAUAAGCGCGCCAACUGCAAGUUGACCCUCCAAUGGAUUACCAACUGGAGUGAGUCUGCCUUGAGAAGAUACCGAGUGCAGCUUAUCACGAGCCCUCGAAACGAUGCGCAUCUCGAUAAAUAUUGCAAUCUCAUUAAAGGGGGUGCAGAUGGGAUUCAGAAUGUGCAAUGCUUCUGGACAAAGGGAAUGUUUGUAAUUGACGACAGCCAAGGUGAAGGCUCUAUCGGUCACGAUUUAUAUUUGAAGGCUUUCAAUAACGCAGCGCACUAUUUUGAACUUACCACUGGUUGCGAUACUGUCCGAAACCUGUAG